AUUUAGUUGAACUAUAGCAUUCCAGGCUUUCAGACGUCUCCAGCUUAAGUAUAGAAAUGGGCAAAUUGGUAUUGUACGGUGUGGAAGCAAGUCCUCCGGUCCGCGCUUGCAAGAUGACCCUGAACGCUCUCGGUCUGCAAUACGAGUACAAGCUGGUCAAUAUCCUGGCUGGCGAUCAGCUCAGCAAGGAGUUCACUCUGAAGAAUCCACAGCAUACGGUGCCCAUGCUGGAGGACGAUGGCAAAUGCAUCUGGGACUCGCAUGCUAUAAUGGCCUAUCUGGUGCGCAAAUAUGGCAAGGAUGAUUCGCUGUAUCCCAAGGAUUACUAUAAGCGUGCUGUGGUGGAUCAAAGGCUACAUUUUGAGUCCGGCGUUGUGUUCCAAGGUUGCAUAAGAAAUAUCGCUGCGCCGAUCUUCUAUCGCAACGAGUCUGAGGUGCCACGCUAUAUGAUCGAUGGCAUCUUUGAUAUGUACGAUUUCCUCGAGGCUUUUCUGGGCAAUCAGGACUAUUUGUGCGGCUCGACCUUGACCCUGGCCGACUUCAGUUGCAUCUCAUCGGUGGCCAGCCUAUUGGGCCUCGCACCCAUCGAGUCGAAACGUUAUCCGAAACUUAGCGCAUGGAUAGCGCGCAUGGAACAGCUGCCCGAUUAUCAGUCGAACAACGGCAAUGGCGCACAAAUGUUAAUUGAUCUGUUUACCGCUAAGAUCAAAAAGAUCGUUUAGAGCGAGAGAUUUUAAAUGACAUAAAACCAAUGACAUAAUUCAAUCAUCUGAUAGAGAAUCUACGUAUGUGCCAAUUUAUAUAAUAAAGUAAAUAUAUUUG